AUGGGGAUAAUGAAGAGAAGCUUCUCUUUCCUAACGGGAACAGCGUGCGGGAUCUACAUCGCUCAGAACUACAAGGUUCCUAACAUCAACAAGCUUGCCCACUGCGCCGUCUCAAUGGUCAAGGAACUUGAAAAGAGAUAUCGCAAACCCGAACGUAGUGACGACGUUUGACAUAUCCCACACCCAUAUAAUAUUGCUUCAAUUUUCAGCUGUUUUGAUCAUCGGUUUACUUGCAUGUAAAGAUCCUUCUUUUAUUAUUUGGUUUUAAAGUUAUUCAUUCUUAAA